AAUUCCUGUUGAACAUUAAUAACAUUUAGGCUGCGGUUCAGUUAUACCUAAAAUUGUAAACAUGUGGGGGGUUUUUUAGGCUGAGCAAAUGCUAAACUCUUACAUCAGGUAGCAAUCGCUCUUCAAUCCAUUGCUUUGGCCGCUCAGACUAAACCAAUCAAGUGCCUACAUUGUUUAUUUGCAUCGAACCCAAUAUAAAGGACACGGAUGGAGUCGACAACAAGCUUUUACUGCUGGUCGACCUUUGGCUAUUUGAUGUGAUGUAAUGUGCUUCCCCACCCCACCUCACCCCACCCCAGUGGCAGACCUGUCCGACUAAACCAAUAUAUCCGGGUCUGACUUGGUCCCUACUUUACCGUGGCGCAGGAUGGAGUGUCCAUCGUGGCCGAGGGGAAAGAAGCUGGUUCACCUGGAUCUGAAAGGUGCCCCUCCGAGGGUGGAGUACCUCCACGAACUGAUCGAGCUCUUCUCCCGGCUGGGAGCGGAUGGGCUGCUGGUGGAGUACGAGGACAUGUUUCCUUACGACGGGGAGCUGAAGUUGCUGCAGGCCACAGCACAGCCUGCUUACAGCCGAGAGGAAGUUUUAUCCAUGCAGGAGUUUGCCAAGUCUAAGGGCAUGGAGGUCAUCCCACUCGUGCAGACAUUUGGUCACAUGGAGUUUGUGCUGAAGCAUCGGCCCCUAUGGGGCCUCAGAGAGCUGGCACCCUGCGUGGGCACCCUGAAUCCACACUCAGAGGACGGGGUGAGGUUGGUGUUGGAGAUGCUGAGGCAGGUGGUUGAGCUGCAUCCAGGUCUAAACACACUGCACAUUGGAGCAGACGAGGUGUACAUGCUCGGUGAAGGUGAGCAGUCCAAGCUGUGGUUGGCUUCACCAGGACGUACAGUGGAGCAACUUUUCCUGAGUCAUGUGACCAAGAUCGCCAAGGCCAUCAAGGAGACGUGGCCUCACAUGACCAUAAUUAUGUGGGAUGACAUGAUGAGGGGCAUGAACAAGGACAUACUCAAAGGUAGCGGCCUAGUAGGACUCGUCCAGCCCAUGUUGUGGGACUACACCACUGACCUGGAUGUGGACAAAACUGUGUCUCUGCUGGAGAUGUACUGCAGUGCCGGCAUGUCGGAGCUGUGGGCAGCCAGCUCCUUUAAAGGCUCGACCAGUGUGUACACCUGUGUGACCAGCACACAGAGACAUGUGGAGAACCAUCUGCAGUGGCUGAAGGUGGCUGCGUCUUUGUCUGCUGCCAUUAACCUGAAGGGCAUUGCCAUCACAGGCUGGCAAAGGUAUGACCACCUGUCAGUUCUGUGUGAGCUGAUGCCUGUGGCUCUUCCAUCACUAGCCGCCUGUCUGCAGACACUCCUCCACGGUCAGCUCAGCGCUGAGGCCCAGAGCAAAGUGACUGAGAGGCUUGGUAUUUCCUCCGUGGAGGUGGAGGUCAUGGAAAGAAGAUCUGAAGUCGACUCGCUGUUUCCAGGAGGGAGGCUGGCAGAGUUAAUUGUGGAGCUCAAUGCACUGCUGAACUCGGAGGAUAUACAAGGUUUUGAAAACAACAUGUUUGUGAGAGGAUGGUUCAGCCCCUACCAGCGACAGAGGAAGAUGGUAAACCCGCUCAUCAACAUGCAGAUUCACAGCCAAGCAUCAACAUAUUUGGCCGCACUACAACAGCAGGCGGAGGCAGUGAGAGAGGAGAUGGUUCGUCUUUUCCCAGAGUCAACAGCCCAAGAGUGGUUAGAGGAGCACGUUAGCCCUGUCAUGGUUCCUUUACAGAGGAUAACAGAGGAAAUCAUAAACUGUGUAAAGGAAAUGGUGCCGUGAAAUAAUCUGGCAGCUCAGCAUUAAACAGAUUUUUUGACAAAUUCAAACAAUGUUUGUUUGAUUUGAUUUUACCCAAGAGCAAACAGUUGAUUGUAAACUUCACUAAUAUUAACUAGAAAAGAAUUAUGAGCAGAGCAGACUUGGGGGUUUGUAUUCAAAAGAGUUUUAUAUUGUUUUGCAAAUGAAAUGAAGUAAACAAAGACAAUAAAAAUCAACCAACAGUCAACUAAAAA